UUUGCAGAUUUGAUUUAACCCAGUGUAUAUAUUCAACUGUUCAAUAACUAUAGGUAGAAGGAAUCUUAAGCCGUACAACAAAUAUGAUCAUCAAGGAGUUUCGUAUCAUACUUCCUAUGACAGUUGAGGAAUAUCAAGUUGGUCAACUCUGGUCUGUUGCCGAAGCGAGUAAAAAUGAAACUGGGGGUGGCGAGGGAGUAGAUGUACUAGAAAAUAGACCUUACACAGAAGGUGAUACAAGUGGACAGUUUACUCAUAAAGUCUUUCAUCUGGCAUCGAGAGUCCCUUCCUUUUUAAGGCAUAUAGCGCCAAAAGGUUCACUCGAAUUUCAUGAAAAAGCAUGGAACGCAUAUCCUUACUGCAAAACUGUUAUAACGAAUCCUGACUACAUGAAAAAGGAUUUUGAGUUGUCAAUUGAGUCUUGGCAUAAGCCAGAUUUUGGUGAUGAAGAAAAUGUUCAUGGAUUACCACCAAAUUUGCUUGCUAAGAGAGAAGUCAUAAGAAUUGAUAUUGCGAAUGAUGAAGUGAAUAGCUCUGAUUAUAAAGAAGACCAAGAUCCCAAAUUAUUCAAACCUUCUGCCGAUGGCCGAGGACCUCUUACUAGUGAUUGGAUUCAACGUUUAAAAUCUCAAGAAAAUGGUCAACAGCGAAUGGAUAGCAGCAGUUGCAAAAUGCCUCAUAUGUGUGCGUAUAAACUUGUAAGAUGCAAUUUUAAAUGGUUUGGCUUACAAAAUAUGGUGGAGAAAUUUGUUCACAGGCAAGAGAGAAGAGUGUUCACAAAUUUUCAUCGCCAAGUUUACUGUUGGAUGAAUAAUUGGCUCACUCUCACCAUGGAAGAUAUUCGCAGGAUAGAAGAUGAAACUCAGAAAGAUUUGAAAGAAAUGCGAAGUAAAGGAAGUAUCAAAGGCACAAAAGUUAAUGAGUGAUGACUUAUUAAGUCAUUGUGAUAUUUCGUUUACAAGCAGACUAUCCUAGAAAAAAUUAAUCUCAAAAAAUUAUCUAUCACAUCGUCGCUAAUUUAAAUGAAUAAUGCUUUCUCAUUAGCAUACAUAUACUUUGUAUUAUUAUUGUUUGUCUACUCAUGUUCAUGUGGCUGUUGUUAUUUCUGGUGAAUCAAGCCUGUAAUCCAUGAGCCUUGAUGGCUCCAUAACUCAAUAUUUUCAGAAUUCAGGAAGCAUUCGGCCCCAAACUCUUCUUUAUGUA